UUUGACAAUUGCAGCUGCAUGCAACAAUAGCUUUUUUUCUAUAUCUCGAGCGAUAAAGCGACGAAAGAAAAAAACGUCCCUUUUCUUUUUCUCAACUCCGUGAUUUUCGAUGUUUGUUACUCAAUGAUUUUUGAAUUUAUUUUUAAUUAAUAUUUUCUUUCUUUUUCUUUUUACACAUAUUAAUUUUGAGAGUAUUUUUCUGCUGCAUGAACUCGUUCAUAUAAGUAUUUAGAAAAGAUUAGAAAAAUUGUUACGAUGAUAAAUUAUGAAUGCAUGACGGUAAUUACUUUAUUUCUAUAUAACGUAUAUUGUUCGAAUUCGCCCACUUAUCAUCAUUAUGCACAUCAUCAUUAUCAAACUCCUUCAUCAACCAAUAUAUAUGACAAUCGAACAGAUGAUCCUUGUCAUUUGUCAAUUCGAUGUCCAGCAUUAUCAUCAAGAAGUAAGUGUAUUGCAUUGAAACUCGUUUGUUUCAUUUACAUUUAUUUUAUGGGAUACGUUGAACUUAAUCGUAUUUGUGUAUAACAGAAUUUCUCGUUACAUAUAUCAAUUGUUUGUUCAAUAUUUUCUUUUUCUAAAAGGUCAUUAUGAUCAUGAUAGCAGAAGUCGACGAUUUACCGUUGACACAUUUCUUGCAAUGCAUGGACCACAAGGUCCUCCCGGAAUACAGGGAUCAAUGGGUGAACAAGGAGAAAGAGGUCCUGUCGGAUUACAAGGUGAACCAGGUCUGUCCAAAGAACAUCCGCCACUCGUUGCAUUUAUCGCGUAUCUACAAGAAAUGCUAUCAAUCGAUUCAAACAAAUCGGCGGCAAUUAUUUUUGAAAAAAUUCAUUUUAAUGAAGGAAAUGGUUAUAAUACAAAUACGGGAGUAUUUACAGCGCCUUACUCAGGAAUAUACAAGUUUAGUAUAACAAUUAUGGCACAAAUGGAUUCAAUUGCUACUGUUCGAGUUGUUCAUAAUAAUUUGAAAGUAUUGGGCAUGAUUCGAUGUGAUUGUCGACGACGAUUUUCUCAUGUUCGUGGUAGUGUUUACGCUAAUUUAGAAGAAAAUGACACGAUAUUAGUGGAAGCAUUGGGAGAUUUAAGUGAUUCUAUUCAAUCGGCACCACGUAAUAAUAUUUAUGGUUAUACGUAUACACAUUUUAGUGGAACACUGUUAUAUUUAACAAAGCCAACAAAAUAUUUUAUAUGA